AGUACGAUUGGAUCCAAACCAUUCCUCUUGCCACUUUCGCUUCGACCUCGCCUUUUUUCACCUAACGAUGCCUACCAUCGCCGGAUCGGAGAAAUCGGAGUGCAUCGAGACUCCUCGGAAGAGAAAGCUGAGAUCGGAGGAAGUCAGUCUCUUGUCUGAGGAUACAAUCUCUACGCCGAAGAAACUGAAAUCUCGUCAGCGAAUUGCUGUUUCCAAUCUCAGAACGCCAGAUAAGGAAGUUAAGCAAGACUCUCAUGAAAACUUGGCAGUGGAUAGCUUAUCCGAUUGUUUAGGCUCUGAAUCUAGAGACGAGGAUCAAAUGAGAGCUGUGAAGGAGGCACUGCAUGUAUCGAAAGCACCAUCGACAAUUGUUUGCCGUGAGGAUGAGCAUAGACGGGUGUUCGAAUUUGUUAAAGGUUGCUUAGAUCAGCAGAAGGCUGGGAGUUUGUACAUUUGCGGUUGUCCUGGAACUGGAAAAUCACUCUCCAUAGAGAAAGUCGUAAAACAAGUUGGUGAUUGGUCAAAGCAGGCCUGUUUGCCACCUGUGGACACAUUGUCUGUGAACUGCACGUCGCUGACAAAAACAGCAGAUAUAUUCAGCAAGAUACUUGAAAUAGUAGAGCCCGUGAAGGAAGAUAACUGCUACUCUUCACCUCUACAUCGUCUUCAGAGUUUGUUUUCUCAAAAGCAAGACUCCAGCUCAAGAAUGAUGUUAAUAAUUGCAGAUGAGAUGGAUUUCUUGAUCACAAAAGACAGAGGAGUCCUGCAUGAUCUUUUUAUGCUUACGAUUUUUCCAUUUUCAACGUGUAUACUUAUAGGUGUAGCUAAUGCAAUAGACCUUGCAGAUCGUUUCCUUCCGAAAUUGAAGUCCCUUAAUUGCAAACCUAUGGUUAUAACUUUCCCUGCUUAUUCUAAAGAUCAGAUCCUUAGGAUACUACAGGAAAGGCUAAUGCAGGUUCUUCCAUAUGUUGCAUUUCAAUCAAACGCCUUGGAGCUCUGUGCAAGAAAAGUUGCGGCUGCGUCAGGUGACAUGCGAAAGGCUUUAUCUGUCUGCAGAAGUGCUAUAGAAAUCUUAGAAAUAGACAUAAGAGGAUCACCUGGCCCAGAAUCACAAGGUCCAACUCCAGAUAAUCCAGUGGUGAGGAUGGAUCAUAUGACUGCUGCAUUAUCUAAGACGUUUAUGUCUCCUGUAGUUGACACUAUUCAGACUCUUCCUCAACACCAACAAAUCAUAAUAUGUUCUGCUGCAAAGGCUUUUCGAGGGAGUAAAAAGGAUGCAACCAUUGGAGAGCUUAAUAAAUUAUAUCUAGAAAUCUGUAAGUCUCGGGUGAUCUCUCCAGCUGGAAUUACAGAGUUCACUAACAUGUGUACUGUGCUAAAUGAUCAGGGGAUUCUAAAAUUCGACCAAGCACGUGGAAACAAGCUAAAGAGAGUUAGUCUGAGAGUAGACGAAUCGGACAUUACAUUUGCUCUACAGGGAGUACGAUUUUUUAGGAACUGUCUUCUGUGAGAAGAACUUCUUCCCUACAAUGGAAAACAUCUUGUGCAAAGAAUAGCCGGGCUAAGAUGUGAACAUGGAUAGGAUACUUUUAUUAGAAUAUUUCAAUGUAUUUUCUUACACUUGCUAAUUGUAUAGCCGGGAUAGGAGUAUAUUAGGGCAAUCAUUUGCUUACACUUGGUGUUCA